CGCGGAGCACGCAGGGCACGCAGGGGCGGCGGAGUCGACGCUCCCAGCCGUGGGCUUCCUUGCCCUAGUCGCGCGGUCUCGCGAGAUUUGGGAGUAAACAGCCCCGAAUGGAGAGCCGAGGCGUGUUCGCCGCUGAGGCGCCGUUAUCUCGGGCCCGCCGGACCCGGGCUUGAGACGCCCCAGAUUGGCUCACAGAGUGACUGAUCAGCUCUGUCGGACUUUGGUUCUGUGGCGCAAAUGGAGUAUAGGACUCAGUUGUCUCGGCCUGAGUGAGAGAAGCCUCAUGUCCAAGAUGGAGAAGAAGCGGAGAAAGAAAUGAAAGCCUCUUUUCAGGCCAAGCCACUAAAGGCCAUGGGAUUUAACUUUUAUUUACGUUGGACAAGACUGUAAGAUGGCUGAUCAGCAAUGUUGCAGUUUUUAGCCGAAACAAAAAUUCACUUUUAAUCAAGGAAGAAAAGUGUGAUUCGAAUUUGUGCAAUUUUAUGACCAUAUUCACUUGUGACCAUGAAGCUUGUCAACAUCUGGCUGCUUCUGCUAGUGGUUUUGCUCUGUGGGAAGAAACAUCUGGGUGACAGACUGGAAAAGAAAUCUUUUGAAAAGGCCCCAUGCCCUGGCUGUUCCCACCUGACUUUGAAGGUGGAAUUCUCAUCGACAGUUGUGGAAUAUGAAUAUAUUGUGGCUUUCAAUGGAUACUUUACAGCCAAAGCUAGGAAUUCAUUUAUUUCCAGUGCCCUGAAGAGCAGUGAAGUAGACAGUUGGAGAAUUAUACCUCGAAACAAUCCAUCCAGUGACUACCCUAGUGAUUUUGAGGUGAUUCAGAUAAAAGAAAAGCAGAAAGCGGGGCUGCUGACGCUUGAAGAUCAUCCAAACAUCAAACGGGUAACACCCCAGCGGAAAGUCUUUCGUUCCCUCAAGUAUGCUGAGUCUGACCCCAUAGUGCCCUGCAAUGAAACCCGAUGGAGCCAGAAGUGGCAGUCAUCUCGUCCCCUGCGAAGAGCCAGUCUCUCCCUGGGCUCUGGCUUCUGGCAUGCUACAGGGAGGCAUUCGAGUAGACGGUUGCUGAGAGCCAUUCCACGCCAGGUUGCGCAGACACUGCAGGCAGAUGUGCUUUGGCAGAUGGGGUAUACAGGUGCUAAUGUAAGAGUUGCUGUUUUUGACACUGGGCUGAGCGAGAAGCAUCCCCACUUCAAAAAUGUGAAGGAGAGAACCAACUGGACCAACGAGCGAACCCUGGACGAUGGGUUGGGCCAUGGCACAUUUGUGGCAGGUGUGAUAGCCAGUAUGAGGGAAUGCCAAGGAUUUGCUCCAGAUGCAGAACUUCAUAUUUUCAGGGUCUUUACCAAUAAUCAGGUAUCUUAUACAUCUUGGUUUUUGGACGCCUUCAACUAUGCCAUCUUGAAGAAGAUUGAUGUGCUGAACCUCAGCAUCGGCGGUCCCGACUUCAUGGAUCAUCCCUUUGUUGACAAGGUAUGGGAGUUAACAGCUAACAAUGUGAUCAUGGUUUCUGCAAUCGGCAACGAUGGACCUCUUUAUGGCACGCUGAAUAACCCUGCUGAUCAGAUGGAUGUGAUUGGAGUAGGCGGCAUUGACUUUGAAGAUAACAUCGCUCGCUUUUCUUCAAGGGGAAUGACAACCUGGCCAGGUGGUGUCCUGGGGUGUCUUCUCCUUCUGGCCGCAAAUGCUUCAUUUCCCCCCAGCACAGUCCAGAAACGUGAGCUGGUGAAUCCUGCCAGUAUGAAGCAGGCCCUGAUCGCGUCAGCCCGGAGGCUUCCUGGUGUCAACAUGUUUGAGCAAGGCCAUGGCAAGCUUGAUCUGCUCAGAGCCUAUCAGAUCCUCAACAGCUACAAACCACAGGCAAGUUUGAGCCCCAGCUACAUAGAUCUGACUGAAUGUCCCUACAUGUGGCCCUACUGCUCCCAACCCAUCUACUAUGGAGGAAUGCCAACAAUUGUUAAUGUCACCAUCCUCAACGGCAUGGGAGUCACGGGAAGGAUUGUAGAUAAGCCUGACUGGCAGCCCUAUUUGCCACAGAAUGGAGACAACAUCGAAGUCGCUUUCUCUUACUCCUCAGUGUUAUGGCCGUGGUCAGGCUACCUGGCCAUCUCCAUUUCUGUGACCAAGAAAGCGGCUUCCUGGGAAGGCAUCGCUCAGGGCCAUGUCAUGAUCACCGUGGCUUCCCCAGCAGAGACGGAAUCAAAAAAUGGUGCAGAACAGACUUCAACGGUGAAGCUCCCGAUUAAGGUGAAGAUAAUUCCUACUCCCCCACGGAACAAGAGAGUUCUCUGGGAUCAGUACCACAAUCUCCGCUAUCCGCCUGGCUACUUCCCCAGAGAUAACUUAAGGAUGAAGAAUGACCCUUUGGACUGGAACGGUGAUCACAUCCACACAAACUUCAGGGACAUGUACCAGCAUUUGAGAAGCAUGGGCUACUUCGUGGAAGUCCUCGGCUCCCCCUUCACGUGUUUUGACGCCAAUCAGUAUGGAACUUUGCUCAUGGUGGACAGUGAGGAGGAGUACUUCCCUGAAGAGAUCGCCAAGUUGAGAAGGGAUGUGGACAAUGGCCUUUCUCUCGUUGUCUUCAGUGACUGGUACAACACUUCUGUUAUGAGAAAAGUGAAGUUUUAUGAUGAAAACACAAGGCAGUGGUGGAUGCCGGAUACUGGAGGAUCCAAUAUCCCAGCUCUGAAUGAGCUGCUGUCUGUGUGGAAUAUGGGGUUCAGCGACGGCCUGUACGAAGGAGAGUUUACCUUGGCAAACCACGACAUGUAUUAUGCAUCAGGGUGCAGUAUCGCUAAGUUUCCAGAAGAUGGCAUAGUGAUAACACAGACUUUUAAGGACCAAGGAUUGGAAGUUUUAAAGCAGGAAACGGCAGUUGUUGAAAAUGUCCCCAUUUUGGGACUUUAUCAGAUUCCAGCCGAGAGUGGAGGCCGGAUUGUACUGUAUGGAGACUCCAAUUGCUUGGAUGACAGUCACCGACAGAAGGACUGCUUUUGGCUCCUGGAUGCCCUCCUUCAGUACACGUCCUACGGGGUGACACCUCCCAGCCUCAGUCAUUCUGGGGACCGGCAGCGCCCUCCCAGCGGAGUGGGCUCCAUCACUCCAGAGAGGAUGGAAGGAAACCAUCUUCAUCGGUACUCCAAGGUUCUUGAGGCCCAUCUGGGAGAUCCAAAACCUCGGCCUCUGCCAGCCUGUCCACACUUGUCUUGGGCCAAGCCACAACCUUUAAACGAGACAGCACCCAGUAAUCUUUGGAAACAUCAAAAGUUACUCUCCAUUGACCUGGACAAAGUGGUGUUACCCAACUUCCGAUCGAAUCGCCCUCAAGUGAGACCAUUGUCCCCUGGAGAAAGUGGCGCCUGGGACAUUCCUGGAGGGAUAAUGCCUGGCCGCUACAACCAGGAGGUGGGCCAGACCAUUCCUGUCUUUGCCUUCCUGGGAGCGAUGGUGGUCCUGGCCUUCUUCGUGGUACAAAUCAACAAAGCCAAGAGUAGGCCGAAGCGGAGGAAGCCCAGGGUCAAGCGCCCACAGCUCAUGCAGCAGGUUCACCCACCAAAGACUCCUUCCGUGUGACCGUCAGACUGGCCGACUUGAGCCAAGGAGCGCCUGCGGGGACGGCUCAGGUGGGCAGGCAGAGCUGUGGAGAGCUUCCCUGGGAGCCGCCUGUUUCAAAGGGAUCCAGUUUCCAGCUGCAGGUUUGUUAGAGGCCAUUCUAAAUGAGCUUCCCUCCUGUGGUGGUGGGAGGAUCUCGUGGCCGUGGGCCCCGCAGGAGGGACUCUGUGACUGAGCCUCGAGUGAGACACCGAGCAGCUGCGAGCACCAAAGACUCGGAGCACGAGGAAGGCUGACUGGGCCCUUCGGACCUGAGAGGAAGGAUGGACUUUUUAAACAAAUGAAACAACCUGACCAAGCUAAGAUAUGCUUGUUAAAGGCUAUUUUCUAUAUUUAUUGUUGGGAAAAAGUCACUUUAAAGACUUGUACUAUUUGGAAACAAAGCUAUUUUUUUUUGUCAAUGGAAUGCAGUUUUUUACUAUUACAUCAUGAGGAAUGACACAGAUUCCAUAAUCUACUUUUUGAUGAAAGGACAGACUGAGAUUUGAAGGAAACUUGCACAAAUCUGUGAAACAUAGACCUUUGCUUUAUUUUUAUAAAUAUCAACUGCCAUCAUGUUUUGUAAUUUGGGGUCUUGAUUUCACCAUUGUCGGUGAAGAGAAUUUUCAAUAAAUAUGUACUCCCUGUAUGAAGCU